UCUUUAUAGGUUCUCAUCUGUCGGAAUUACCGUGGAGAUGUGGACAUGUCAGAGGUGGAGCAUUUUAUGCCAAUCCUUAUGGAAAAGGAAGAAGAGGGGACGCUUUCUCCUAUUCUAGCACAUGGAGGAGUUCGUUUUAUGUGGAUUAAACAUAACAACCUAUAUCUUGUUGCAACUUCUAAGAAAAAUGCUUGUGUAUCACUGGUGUUCUCAUUUUUAUAUAAAGUAGUUCAGGUUUUUUCUGAAUAUUUCAAGGAGUUGGAAGAAGAGAGCAUUAGGGAUAAUUUUGUUAUUAUUUAUGAGUUGUUAGAUGAGCUUAUGGAUUUUGGUUAUCCACAAACCACUGAUAGUAAAAUUUUACAAGAGUACAUCACUCAGGAAGGUCACAAACUUGAAACUGGAGCUCCACGUCCACCUGCCACUGUUACGAAUGCUGUUUCAUGGAGAUCAGAAGGGAUAAAAUACAGGAAAAAUGAAGUGUUCCUGGACGUUAUAGAGUCUGUUAACCUUUUGGUCAGUGCCAAUGGAAACGUAUUACGGAGUGAGAUAGUUGGAUCCAUUAAAAUGCGAGUCUUUCUCUCGGGAAUGCCAGAGCUGCGCCUUGGUUUAAAUGACAAAGUUCUCUUUGAUAAUACAGGCCGUGGCAAAAGUAAAUCGGUAGAACUGGAAGAUGUAAAGUUUCACCAGUGUGUUCGUCUCUCUCGCUUUGAAAACGACAGGACGAUUUCUUUCAUUCCACCUGAUGGAGAGUUUGAACUCAUGUCGUAUCGUCUUAAUACCCACGUAAAACCACUGAUCUGGAUUGAGUCUGUGAUUGAAAAACAUUCCCACAGCCGCAUCGAGUACAUGAUCAAGGCAAAAAGUCAAUUUAAGCGUAGAUCAACUGCCAACAAUGUGGAGAUUCACAUUCCAGUUCCAAAUGAUGCGGACUCGCCAAAGUUUAAAACCACUGUUGGAAGUGUCAAAUGGGUUCCAGAGAACAGUGAAAUUGUUUGGUCCAUUAAAUCUUUUCCA